ACCCACCACACACACACACACACGCGUAACCGGAAAAAAUGGACGCCGCCGGUACAUCUUUAGAUGCCCGUAAUUUGUCACACAAAGUCGCCUCAAUUGCCGCUGGAGAAGCUCACACUCUCGCCCUCACCGGGGACGGAAAUGUGUACGCCUGGGGAAGAGGAACGUUCGGCCGACUCGGCACCGGUUCGGAGAAAGACGAGCUGUUUCCGGUCCGAAUCGACUUCGAUUCCGCCCGUUACAGGUCAGCCCAAGGAAAGAGGCUCAAGUUCGUCGAAAUCGCUGCUGGCGCUUAUCACAGUCUCGCCCUAGCAGAUGAUGGAUCAAUUUGGAGUUGGGGUUACAAUACCUAUGGCCAACUUGGUGUCAAUGGAGAGCAUGUUUUAGUGCCCUGCAUGUUAGACCGAUUCCUUGAAUUGGGUUCUGAUUAUUUGAGUGAUGAAUCAGAAGCACACAGCAGAAUGCCAUUGAAGGUUUCUUCCGUCAAAGCUGGGGGAAUGAUGUCACUGGCGAUUGACAACCUCGGAGCCCUCUGGAUGUGGGGAAACUGCCCUCCGCAAAGUGACUCAGGUGACGAUGAGUUCUCUCUCUUCAGUACUUUCACUCCAUUACCUGUCUGGAGUUUCCAUGGCCAUACCGUUGUCAAGGUGGCUUGUGGAAAUGAGCACAUUGUGGCCUUAGUUAGUGCUGGAGAAACAUACAAAGGCAGCGAUCUGGUUUGCUAUUCCUGGGGAAAUAAUAACCAUGGACAGUUAGGCCUAGGAGAUACAUAUAGCAGGUUUCAGCCUCAAGUGGUAGAAAAAUUUAACCAGAGUUCCACGUGGGUGGUAUAUGCUGUAGCAUGUGGGGCCUUCCACACAGCUUUACUGGCGGUCGAUGAUAGAGCGAGUGACACGUUAAGAAGUGUUUGUUGGACUUUUGGACUAGGAGAUAACGGGCAACUCGGUCAUGGGACCACUCAAAGUGCUUCGUUGCCUGAACAAGUAAAAGGGUUGCCCCAAAAUGAGUUUCUGAAUUCUGUCGAUUGUGGGUUGUUUCACACUAGUGUUGUUUCAAUGGCUGGAGAUGUGUGGUCGUGGGGAAUGGAGAAGGGACUUGGGUUGUGCCCUGAUGCGAGUUUUUCUGGAAUUGAUGCAGGGGAUGCUCUCUCUCCACGGGUUAUAUCGUGUGAUGGGCCGCAUGGGCCUAAGUUUGCUGGCCCAGUCCAGGUUGCAUGUGGGGCCGCUCAUACUGUUCUUGUUGCUGAUGAGGGAUAUAAGCUUUGGUCCUGGGGUAGGGGAAGGAGUGGUGUCCUUGGUACUGGUAAGACUCUUGACUGUUUCGCCCCUACUACUGUACUGUGGCCACCUUCAUCAGAGGAUUUCAAGGAAGAGAAAGUAGACCUUUUUUAUGGGGUCAAAAAGAGCAAAAGCAAGGACCCUAGGAGAAUCACGGAGAUGGAGGAAAAAUUGUCUGUGGCAAUGGAGGAGAUGAGGCUUCUUAAUUCAAAACUCUCCUUAACGGAAAAAUAUGCCAGCAUUCUUCAUGGCUCAAUGUUUGGAAAGCCUUUUGAUGAGCGGGACAUUCCUAUUUCGUUGCAGAACUCUGGUGCUUUUGAUAUAGCGAAAGAGUGGGAAAACAUGUUGGAAUCAUUGGAUCGUGGGAAGCUCGUUCGGUUGGAGAUGUUUUACCGAAACAUGCUUGCGGGUGUCAAAGAUAAGCUGUUGAAGAGGAGAAUCCAGGAGAUCAUUAAAGAGUCCCUCGAUUCUUCAACUAGUGGGAACGGCUAAAACCAGUGGAAUUGGACUGAUUUGCUUCCAAAUACAAGUUUUCAGAUUUAUGGAGGUUCAUUGCAGUCUAUAGUCUAUUCCAAAGAUUUUUAUGACGUGCCGGGCUUUUCUUUUGCUUGCACGAUGUGAUUGUACCCGUGUCUCUCGUUUUCAUGCUUUCUAGAUAGUUUCUUUGUGUGGAAAGAUGGAGGGUGUAAUAAAGGUUGGUAUAAGUCGCUUGUCUCUCUGUAAAUUGUUAUGCGGCCUUGUAACAAUCCACUGUCAUCGUAAUUUUUUGUUAAUAGAAAUAAUGGAGGCUUCAUUUUUC